AUGGGGCUCCAGCGAGGGCCGGGGGGUGGGCGGCGCGAUGGCAGCAGCAGCAGCGGCGGGGAGACCGAAAACGCCGUCCGGAGAACCCCAGGGACCGGGGACGGGGACGAAGCAGCCCAGAGCGGUAGGAACGAGGGGGCCCCGGGUGUCACAGGAGGGGGGGGGGGCGUGCGUGGCCGAGGAGAGGUCGUCGGAGGAGCGGCAAGGCGAAAGGAGAAGGAGGCAGGAGGGUCCGCGGCGUUCAUGGAGAACGACUCCGCGACCGUGGAGAGCGGCGAGAACAGCGCCGGCGUGGUAGAAGUAGGCGGCGGGAAUUCCGCUGGUGGCGGCGGGAGCGGGGUCGGGGACAGAGGGCCUUAUUCCGCGGUGGCGGCGGCGGAGGCGGCGAGGAGGCGCAUCAAGCGCGCGCGCGUGGCCUUGGAGGAUGCCCUCGACGAGCUGGGGUUAGGCGGCUCGCCGGCGUACAUGAACUUGGAUUUCGGGCCCCCUGAUGGUGGAGGUUCAAAGAAGAAGGAGGUGGAGGAAGUGGUCGGAAAGGAGGGUCGGGGGUCGGGGUGGCUGAGCCAGUGGAGAAAACGCGGCGGUGGCGCCCCCGCCACCCCCGACGAGAUGUUGGAGCGGUUAGAGGAAGCGGUGGAGGAAGGGUUCGAAGCGGUAGGGGAAGCCGUCGAGGAGGGGUUUGAGGCGGUGGGGGAGAGCGUGCUUGCGCUGGACGACAGGGUGGAGAGGGCCAGAGCGUCGGUUGAGACGGCGCUGAAUGAGCUGGGGCUAACCGUCCCUUCCAAGUCGACUCCUGGAGGGCAGGAGCAACAAGGGAGCAGCAGCGAGCAGCAGAGGCCAGCGGGGGGCGACGCGGAACAGGCGGAGACUAUCGAGGGGGGGGGGGCUACGGGAACAAGCCCAGGUGUUACGACGGGAGGCAAGAGGCCGCGGUGGUGGAUCCCGGAGCAGCUGCGACCCUCCCCGGUAGCGAUGACCGCUCUUUCGCUCACCUAGAAAACGCUCUUGUCGCCCACUUCUCUGACGACACUAUUGACCCCCCCCCCCCCCCCCCCCCCCCCCGGGGGACGAAAACACUUUUUUUCCGUGGUACAUUUUUUGUAGAGGCUUUUGUUAGUUUUCUCCCUCUCCAUUGGUUAUUAUCCUUUCGUGUGCUGGUGUUUUUUUUUUUUUUUUUGUUCUUCACUUCAAAUCAGCGCUCACAGCACUAGUGCCGUUUAUUCCAACCGGUGGUCACACAGAGAGCCUCUCUCUACCCUCCCCUCCUGCGGUACUUGGCCUUCAAUUUUUAAUGCGAGAAGAGUUCAGCACUCUCUUCCCUUUGCGUACACACGAACUAGCGCUAUCCACUGGCCGGGAGCGGAAGCGAGAGAAAACUCACUUUGCAAGAAAAGCUCGCCUACGCCGGGAUUCGAACCCCUGACCUGACCUCU